AAAAAAAAAAAAGGCAAAUCAGCUCGGCGCCUGCCUCGCCCUUCUUUUUGCGGGGCCAAGGAGCUGCCAUGACGGCGGCGGGGAAGGGGGUGUCGCCCCCUUACCUGCCCCCGGGGCUCGCCGGCGAAAGCAGCCUGAACAGGGCCAGUUUUUGGGGGCCUCGCAUACCCCCCCAGGUGGAAGCCAUGGCCAAGAGUCUACAAGAAGUAGAAAAAGAGAUUUUCCGGAAACUCCUGAAAGCCGCUGUCAGCGCCUUGGAAGGGAAGGAGUGCCAAGCUUCGGUGAAGAUGGUAGCCGAGAGUGCCAAUCUAUCAGAGGAACAGCUGGCAAUCCUCCUAUCUGGCAUGUAUACCCUGCUCCGUGAAGCUUUGAGGCUCCCUCCGUCGUCUCUCAAGCAAGAAGUGUUUAAAGAAGAUUUGAAACUGCUCAGGAUACCAGAGGACUUCAUCGCCGAUUUUGCAACUGUGGUCUUUGGGAACAGACGCCCCCUCCUCGAAGCCGCUCUUCAGAAACAGGGAAACCGGCUUCCCAGAAUUGAAGACUUCAAGUGGAGAGUUGAUGUCGCCAUUUCAACCAGCUCUCUGGCCAGGGCUUUGCAGCCUUCCAUCUUAAUGCAGCUCAAGCUUUCGGAUGGAUCUGCUCAUCGCUUUGAAGUCCCCGUGGCCAAAUUCCAAGAAUUAAGAUACAACAUCGCUCUCAUCUUAAAGGAGAUGAACGACUUAGAGAAAAGGAGCAUUUUGAAGAUACAGGAUUGAACAGCGAAAACAAGAAACUAUCAAGUUUUCAACGCAGGAAGAGUUUACAACGGAGAGAAAACACAAGGACACCUUUUGUACAUGCGAUUACGUGUGUUGUUAUACAACCUUACAGGAGCUUGGCUGUACAUAUUUUUUUUUUUUUUGGUUAUUAUUUUCUGGGUCAGAAACUGCUGGUUAGAAGGUUGUUUAUGUGACUUUUAAAAAAACAAACAAACAAACAAACCAACAACUUUGAAUUCUCCGCAGGAGUGUUAAUAGCCUAAUUCCUGUUCAACCCUUUUUAUGUAUGAUUCAUUCCAAACAUUUUUUAAAAAAAUAAUAAUGAUCCUAAUGGACAAAGACAGCCUUUUCAGAUGAA